AUGAAGAUGGAAGACCCAGAAUUGAGGUAUAGGCCCCUGGUGAAAUUAAUUUCACAAAAGCUUGGAAUUGGACAACUAACAAUUUCAAAAACUAUCGCCGAGUUUAAAGCCACGGGAGAUGUGAGCUCGCCCAACAAAAGGAAAAUACGGUGCAACGUCUUGGAAAAAACGUCGGAGAGCGAUAUUCUUGCGAUACGCAGGAAGGUGCACGAAUUCUGGUUAAAUAAGGAAAUUCCGAACGUGAGGAAGAUUUUAACUCGCGUAAAUGAGGACGCGAAUUUACCACCCUUCACGUACUCGUCCCUAUACCGGCUGUUGAAACGGAUGGAAUUUAAAUAUAUUGUUCGUGGGCGCAAUAGCGCCAUGAUUGAUAAGGAAUACAUCGUGUCGUGGCGCCAAAAAUACGUCUUUGCAAUUGAUAACUAUCGCUCAGAAGGACGACCCAUUUAUUACCUCGAUGAGACCUGGGUAAAUGCGGGUGAUGUCAGGCGCAAACUUUGGGUGGAUACAUCCGUCACCAGCCCCAAAAACGCAGCUGAGAGGGGUCUAACAACAGGUAUCCCGCCACCGGCCAACAGAGGGAAGAGGCUAAUAGUAGCCCACAUAGGGUCUGCAGAUGGGUUUGUACCCGAAGGCCUCCUCUGUUUCGAGUCGAAGAAAAAUACUGCUGACUACCACGACGAGAUGAACGGCGAAACAUUUUUCGAUUGGUUUAGAACUUUGAUGCCCAAGCUACGAGAUGGGGCAGUUAUUGUAAUGGACAAUGCUCCCUACCACAGCGUUAAAGUUGAAAAAUACCCCAAUAUGAGUUGGAAGAAAAACGCUAUCAUUUCAUGGCUGGUGGGUAAGGGGGAAACAGUACAGCCCCAUUAUGUAAAGGCACAAUUGUUAGAUCUCACGUGCAAAUAUAAGCGCGAAAAUAAUUAUGUUAUUGAUGAAUAUGCCAAACUACAUGGCCAUGAAGUAUUACGCCUUCCCCCUUACCAUUGUGAACUAAACCCCAUUGAGUUAGCAUGGGCAAGCGUUAAAGAUUACGUGAGAGCGCGAAAUACCACUUACAAACUAUCCGACGUCCAAAAACUAUUACAUGAAGCCAUCGAAAAUGUUUCGGCCGAGUCGUGGCAGAAUUUUAUUCGCCAUACGAUAAAGGAGGAGGAUAGGGUACGACAGUUGAACAAUAUUACAGAUGAAAUUUUGGAUGAAGGUGAGGAGUGGGAGCACCCAUCCGAAUCCGAAAGCGAUAUUGACAGCGAUAUUGAAAGCAACGUAUAA